AUGGGCGUGGGCGGCGUUGGCGUGGGCGGCAUUGAUGUGGGCGGCGUUGAUGUGGGCGGCGUUGACGUGGGCGGAGUUGGCGUGGGCGGCGUUGGCGUGGGCAGUGAUAUAGGUGGUGGUGGUGGAAGGGAAUGGGAUGGUCACGGAGGUGUGACCAUGCCGCAAACAGGAGACGUGACGAUAUGGCACGCCCUCAACUAUCACUGA